UUAUGAUAAAGAAUUGAAAAAUUAGUUGGUGUGUUGGGUUAGAGUGUGGCAAAAGGGUUACAGGAAGGAAGGAGAAGAAGAAGAAAAGAAAGUAAGAAAAUUGAUGGAGAAACUGAGAAGUGCGGUGAAUGAAAUAGCCUACGCUCACACUCUCUCUCACCUCACUCCAUUUCAUCGCUCUCUGCUCCCUUUCCUUUCCAUUGCCUCCACACUCUAUAAACUCGCCCUCUCACUUCGCCGCUCACUUUACCAAUACCGUUUCUUUCAAGUCCAAUGUUUGCCAGUUCGUGUGAUCAGUGUUGGUAAUUUGAGUUGGGGAGGCAAUGGGAAGACGCCGAUGGUGGAGUUCAUCGCUCUCUGCUUUUCGCGUCACGGAAUUUCACCUCUAGUUCUUUCUAGGGGUUAUGGUGGUGGGGAUGAAGUCAACAUGCUUAGGAGGCAUUUACUUGGGACACCAACUAAGAUUGGUGUUGGUGCUAACCGAGCUGCUGUUGCAAGGCAUUUUAUCCGAAAAUAUGGCUACAUUGAUAUUUGUAAGACUUCAUGGCACGAGAAACAAUACCUUGAACGGAAGGUUCAGAAUUCUCUUCAUUCAGAAAAAAUUGGGGUUGUAGUUCUUGACGAUGCUAUGCAGCAUUGGAGCUUGUGGCGAGAUUUGGAUAUUGUAAUGGUUAACGGAUUAACACUUUGGGGUAACCUUCAACUAUUGCCUCGUGGACCGCUAAGGGAACCUUUGACUGCACUUAGGCGAGCAGAUGCAGUUGUAAUCCAUCAUGCUGAUUUGGUUUCUGAGCAUACUCUGAAGGAUAUUGAAUCAAUGAUCUUAAGGAUUAAAAGGUCUGUUUGUAUUUUCUUUACAAAAAUGGAUCCAACUUACUUAUUUGAGGUGGGAACUAUCAAUGCCAAAAUACCAUUGACGGCUCUUCAUGAAGCUACUACAUUAUGUGUUUCUGCUAUUGGUUCUGCGGAGCCUUUUGUGAAGCAGAUUCAAAAGAUGCGAGCACUUUAUGUUGAUCGAAUAGAUUUCAGUGAUCAUCACAUAUUCCAUGCCAGGGAUAUUGAGAUAAUCAGAGCCAAACUUAGAGAACUAGAGGGGAAGUUUGAUUCCAAACCAGUUGUUGUAAUAACUGAAAAGGAUUAUGAUAGGGACCCUGAAAUUCUUAAGCAAUUGUAUCCAUUUAGAGUUUUUGUUCUCUGUUCUGUAUUGAAGGUUCUACCCUAUAGAGGAAGCACAGAGGAUAGCUUUAAGAAAUUUCUGAAGGAUCAUUUAAAAUUAGAACGGCGUCCAGCACAUUAGCCCUAUGUCACUGGUCCUGGUUACUUUUAUAUAGUUGAUGGUAUUUUUUCCCCCGAGUUACGCAAGGGACCAAUAAAGUUGAUACUUAUUGUUUUUCAGAGACUAAUAAUGUACUAGGCAUAGAGGGAGAAUGAUGGAACAAUUAAAGUAUCUCUGGUUUAUAAUCUUGAGGAAUAUUUAGUUACUUUU